CCCUGAUGCACAUAAAGAUACACAAGACAGCGAUCACACGGAUCCGGUAAAACUUUCCUCGAUUAUCGUCCGACACCUUCCGAUCCUCAUCUGUCAUCACCUUACACCACAUUAUACAGCUGCCCUAUAAAGACGUCAGGCAAGAUGCCCCUUUUUCUAAACGCUCAGGACCAGCAUUGCGCCCCAGCGGGCACCCAGCAGGAAGAUGAAAAAGCAGGGUGCCGGAGUGUUGCAUUGUAAUUGUGGGUGUGCGGCGCUUCCCUUUCCCAUCCCCCCGCUGCGAGUCCCGGCAGGCAGGACAGUGCGCAUGCGCGUGGUGCCUGUGCUCGGCCGUAUGUGUGUAUGUGAGUGUGCGAGAGAGCAAAGAAAGCUACAAGUAACCGGCGGCGACUCUCCCUCCUCUCCCCCUCCCUGCUAACCCGCUGCAGCCAUGUCGGGACGUUCGGUCAGAGCCGAGACACGGAGCCGAGCUAAAGAUGACAUCAAACGGGUUAUGGCCGCCAUCGAAAAAGUACGGAAAUGGGAAAAGAAAUGGGUAACUGUUGGAGAUACGUCCCUUAGGAUUUACAAGUGGGUGCCGGUUGCCGAACCGAAAGGGGAUGAUAUUGAUUUGAAAGUGACAGAUGAGAAUUCGGGACUUCUGAGGCGACCAAAACCUUGUGGAAAAAAGACUAAGAAUAAAAAGAAAACUAAAGAUGAGAAAUGUGGUUCAGAACUGACCACCCCAGAAAACAGCUCUUCCCCAGGGAUGAUGGACAUGCAUGAUGAUAAUAGCAACCAGAGUUCAAUAGCUGAUGCCUCCCCAGUAAAACAGGAGAAUAGCAGCAACUGUAGCCCUGCCCCUGACAACCUGAAUACACAGGCGGACAGUACUGAGAUUAAGUCUGAGGAAGCCCACUCCAAUAACAGUGAACACCAGGACUCUGAAGUUACUUCAGGGCAAAAUUCUCAGUCAUCAGUUGAAAGUUCACUAAAUAAUUCAGAGAAAACAGAAACACAAAGCUCUGCUGAUAAAGAGAUCGCUACAGAGACCUCCAAAAAUUCUCAGGAUUCUGAUGACGGUGCCCCUCCUUGCAAAAAGGCAAAAGGCGACAGUUCGCAACAGAACACUGAAGCUAUGUAGACUAUCCGACUCUGUUUCUCUUUAUUUUAUUUGGGGUCUGUUUGCUGUAAGGUACAUUGGUUAUUGCAACAAUAGGACAGCCUUACUUAAAACCAUCUUUUUCUCCUUGACGAGAAUAGGACUUUACAAUUUCAACCUACAAAGCAAAAAUCUGACAAUGCCUGGAUAAGAGGCCAGGACUCAAGAAAGUGUGAAAUAUUUCUGUGAGGAAUCCGAAUACCAAUGACAGUCUGUUGAAGUGGUUGAUGUGAACACUCAGGAGGGUCUACGCACUGUUUUCUGUAGUCAUUUUUACAUUUGUGUUUGCUGCUGUAUAUAUAUAUUUUUUUUUCCAUUUUGCUAUUUAACAUGUAAAAUAUUUAAAGAUGGUACCUUUUCAGUUUGAAGCCACCAUGUAAAUUUACUUUUUGUAAUUUGUGCCUUUUCUGAUUUUAUUUUAUUUUUUUAACUGAGCUCUGUGUAAGUGGAUGAAUCUCUAAUACACUAGAAGCCAUUUUCACAUGUGGCGUGAUCUGUUCCCAGAGUCUUCUGACGGUUAGACUGCCUUCACCAUUUUCAGACCAUUCAUUCCAGUGUCUUCAUCUUUGGACUGUGUUCUUUUAUCUUGUAGCACGCACAGGAUUGUCAUCAUCUUUUUUAACUCCAGUAUCUGCUUUCUGUGUUUUCAGGCAGCUAAAUUAUCAUUUUGCUUUAGACUAGAGUACAAUGAAUUUUUCUUAUUUACUGUAAUUUUAUUUGUUGUGUUUUUAAGGUUUUUAAUUAAUAUUCUUCCAAGAUCAAGUGAUUAGUCAAAGCAGUAUUGGUAUUUUAUGUAAUGAGCUACAUUUAUUCUUCAAAAAUAAGUCAUUUGAAUAUGGCAUUUCUUCGCGUUCGGUAAAUGCUAUAGAAAAAAAGUAGAUGCUAGGUACUAGAGGAGAGCUAGUUUGGGUGAAUAAUGUAGUAUUUCUACAGCUACUAUACAACGCAGUGCGUGUCCUGAUGCCAUUCCAUGAACAGUAGCACUACUCUACAUUUAUUUUAAUGGAUAAAAGCGCCUCUUUCUUAGCACAGAUACUACAUUGGUAGCUUUCUGGUUAGGACUGUGCAAGGAGAAUGUUCUUGUCCUUAUGUUAAAGGACAUCUGCAGAUUUGUACCUAUGAAGCUGGCUGACCUGUUGCAUGUGCCUUGGCAGCUGAAGACAUCUGUGUUGGUCCCAUGUCCAUAUGUGCCCGCAUUUAUGAGAAAAAUAAAAGUUGAAUAUAUGCAAAUGAGUCUCUAGGAGCAACGGGGGCGUUGCUGUUACACCUAGAGGCUCUGCUCUCUCUGCAGCUGCCACAGUGUGAUCAUGUUUUUACUGCCUGGCCAUGUCCGAGUGCAGAGGGCACGGCAGUCGCAGAGAGAGCAGAGCCUCUAGAUGUAAUGGCAAUGCCCCAGUUGCACUUAGAGGCUAAUUUGCAUAUAUUAAAACCAAAUUUUUCUCAGCAAUGUGGGCACAUAUGAACAUGGGACCAACACAGAUGCCUUCAGCUGCCAAGCGCACAUGUAACAGGUUAGCCAGUUUCAUAGGUACAAAUCUGCUGACAGAUGCCCUUUAAAUCCCACUUUGGACAAAGUGCAAAUCAAGAGCUCUCAUGUAUAAAUCGUGUGUGAUGUAUAAAUAUACUGACAGACAGUGAAAGGUUAAUUUAUUGUGUGUGAAUUGACUUUUUAGCCAGUAAACCAUUUAAAGAAGAAAAAGUCUUGAUCUUAACCAUUUGGUUUCUGUUUUUGGUUGCAUUUUGUUACGAGAGCGUCUGUGAGAGGUUUGCCGUGUUCAUUUCUUCUUGUUUUAUGUUCCAUAAGUGAAAAUGGCUUCAAAUAAAAAUUCUAAAAGCAGACACUUCCCAUCAACACAGCAAAGGCUUUGAUAUCUACCGAUUCUGUUACACCUGGACUUUUCUCAUGGGGAUAACAUUAUAUGUUCAUGGUUGUAAGUUUCAUUGAUUAACUCCUACCACAUUCCCUAUAUAAAGAGUCCUGUAUAUGUUCGUACUCAUUCGUUGACCAUUGAAUGCUAUCUGACACUGUAUUAUCUUCCAAGAAAUGUAACUGUUGGAUGCUGGAAAUGAGACUGCCUGACUUCUGGUAGUCCCAAGAUAGUUUUUUCCAUUCGGGAUACCCUUUGUCUUGUGUGAAGAGUGGAUAACACUGUCCAUCCUAGUUUAUUAUGUAACUUUGCUUCUUUUCUCAUUCAUUGACAAGAAUUUGCUGCGGAAACCUGUGGCGCUGUUGAGUUAUGGUUAUCAUUGGUAAUAUACCUCAAUACUUUACAAUAAAAUCUACAUUUUCUAAUU